AUGGGAGAAUACACCGAUCCCUGCCGCGACUUUCACGAAGACGAUAACGAAGAAGAAGAAGCACUAUCUCUCUGCGACCUUCCAUUACAAUAUCCUAUAAAAACAGCUCCAGAAAUGGCAAGCAACCAUACUCGAAGAUCAUCCUCAGAACAACCCUCCGAUCAACUCUUCGAGUUCUUUAGCAACUUCAGUUCGGAGAUGUGCUCCGCCGAAGAUAUCAUCUUCUGCGGUAAGCUCAUACCGUUCCGAGACGCUUCUCCUCCACCCCAGCCAGAUAAAAGACGCAUAUCGUUUCGUAGAAGAUCGGAGUCUUUGUCGGGUUUAAACUCCACUGUUUCCCGUUCGAAUACGAUGAUGAGGAGUAGUAGAUCACUGGAUUAUCGUAAACUUGACCGGUUUUCAAGCUCUAAAACGUCGUCGGAUUCUGAGAUAUUGAUGGACAGAAACUCUUCUAGUAAAAGUACAGCAAGAACAGUGGCUAAGCCAAGAUGGUACGUAUUGAUGUUUGGAGUAGUGAAGCCACCAAAAGGAAUGGAGCUUAGAGAUAUAAAAAGCCGACAAGUACGAGGAAAUUAUUCGAACGUCAUGUUACCGCCGUCUGCGGUUGAUUCCGGCAAGAAACCUCCGGCUGGCAAGAGUUCUUCUUCCUCUUGUAAGCUGCUUAAAGUAUUGAGCUGUAGGGAUCCCGCUAGUGUUGCUGUUACGACGUCGUUCUACAUUCCACCGGCAUGA